AUGCCGUCGACUUCGAUUUGGACUACCGACGAAGAAAAUGACGCGUUGUUUAUGAAUGUAUGUCAAGCCAUCGAUGAUAUGGAAGGAUACGAUAACGAAGGUAAGAUUUAUAUUAUUAUGGCCCACCACAUAGCGAAGGAAUUAGUUUUAAUUUAGGUUUUUUUUUAUUAUUGUUAUUAUUAUUAUUAUUGGUAGGCAGGAAACGUACACGCAAAGAAAAAACCGCUGCCGGAGUAAAAAAAGCAAGGUUAGAGUUAGUGAAAACACCCGGCUUCACCGAAAUCGAUUCGUCUUUCGAUAGGACAGUAUAG